AUGAAGAAUGGUGACAACACUCGCAAGAGGUUGAAGAUAACGGUGCCCAACUUUGACAACUCGGAGUUGAUCAAAACCUUUUCCAAGACGUUGAUUGGUCGGUGCAUGAAUCCGCCGGAGCAAGACAUGAAGGCAUUGAUCACAAAUCUGCCGAAAAUCUGGGGCUUGGAGAAACGGGUUACUGGAAUGGACCUGGGACUUGGAAAGUUUAAAUUCGUUUUUGAAACUGAGGAGGAGAUCGAGGGGGUCUUGAAGCUUCAGCCGUAUCACUUCGACUAUUGGAUGCUCUCAUUGGCUCUAUGGCAAUCAAAGAAAUCUCCUCAAUUCCCUUCGGAGAUCACCUUUUGGGUUCGAGUGUUAGGUGUCCCCGCGGAGUUCAGGACGACUCCUACACAUGAAAGUAUUGGAGAUGCUAUUGGAAGAACGGUGAUGGUGGAUGUGGAACACGCGAGGGUCCAAGUGGUGGUGGACGCUUUCAAGGAGCUCUGUUUCGAAACCACUAUAGACUUCAAGGGAGGAGAGUUCUACGCGAGUGAGGAAGCUCUGGUGUCUCUACGGUACAAAAAUCUUUUCGGCUAUUGUGACUUUUGCUCCAGCCCUUAUGAUCACAAAUGGGUGAAGACAGCGGAGAGAGGUCAUAAGAGAACCGCUUCAUACAAUAGUGAACAAUAG